AUGGGGAAGAAAUUACAUGUCGGUCACUUACGUUCGUCGGUAUUGGGCGAUACCCUUUGUAACCUCUUUGAGUUUCGUGGUCAUCGUGUAACUCGAGUGAGUCAUACGGGAGAUGUUGGAUCAGCUUUAGCAACACUUAUUGUCGAGCUUCUGGAACAAAAAGAGGUAUCUCUAGAGACAUUGACCGAUGCUCAAUUGGGAAAAUACUAUGAAGCAGGUAAAGCCAAAGUGACAAGAGGAGACAAGACAUUCAAGCUCAAAGUGGAUGAGGUUGUCCUGCAACUGCAACGAAUUGGAGUUGACGAGACGAGAGUGGACCCCAAAGUCCGUGAGACAUGGAAACGUGCAUGUCAAGUAAGUCGAGAAGCUUAUCAACGAAUUUUUGAUCGACUUGGAGUCAACGUCAAGGAGCGUGGAGAGUCCACGUACAUGCCAUUAAUCCCGGAACUUGUGUCGAAGAUGGAGGAAAGCGGCUUGGCUGUGUUGUCACAAGGUGCACUGGGCAUUUUUCUAGACGGUCCGGACAAGUCUCCCAUGUUGAUUCGCAAGAGUGACGGCGGAUUCUUGUAUGCUACGGUAGAUCUGGCCUGCCUGCACUCGCGCAUUCAUGGGUUUCCCGGUGUAGACUCGACUCAGUACGAUGAGAUCGUAUACGUUACUGACCAGAGCCAACAACUUCACUUCCAGCAUUUAUUUGCAGCGGCUCGAAAAGCAGGCUGGACAAGUCGAGAGGACAAAGAUGACGUGAAAUUGACCCAUGCACCCUUUGGUCUGGUGCUCGGUCACGACGGUACCAAGCUGAGCUCGCGUAACGGAGCUUUCGAUUACUUAGAGGACCUGCUGGACGGCGCUGCUGCCGAGUGUUCUCGUCAAGCAUUGGCUUCUGCUACAACAGGCGUUGUCGCUAGUGAGCUCAACUUGACGCAAGAGCAGAUUGACGCGCAAAAUCGUGUAGUAGGAGACGCUGCUGUUCGUUACUUUGAGCUGGCUCAGCAGCGCGAGCGCAACUACAAGUUCAUCAUGAGUAAUGUGCUUAAUCUGAAGGGUAAUACGGGCGUGUACCUCAUGUAUGCGUCUGCUAGACUACAAGGUAUUCUUCGCAAGGCCGGCGGUCUAGCUAACGACCAGGCAUCAUAUGACUCUUUUCUUGGGCUUUCGAGGGACAGCCUAGCAGCUGAAGAUGUACUGGCACAUGCCUCGAUCGACUGGCAUCCAUCUGAGCGUGCGUUGGCGUUGCUGCUCUGUCAGUUUGACGACGAAGUGGCUGCAACAUUGGCCCAUCUGUACCCUCAUUACUUGUGCGACUAUCUCUUUCGUGUGGCUAGUCAUUUCCAUGGUUUUUACGAAAACUGUCGCGUGCUUCAAGACCCUCGUCAGGAGAGUCGAUUGUUACUGUGCGCUGCAACCGACGCCGUAUUACGGCGUGGUUUGCAGCUUGUCGGAGUCGAAGCUGUAGACCGUAUGUGA